UUCAAGUUAUUUAUCAUUCAAGAAGCGCUUGACCCAAAAGGUCGAAAUGGUGAAUUCAAGGAUUGAUACUUUGAUAGCAUCCCUUCAUGUAGCUCCUAUGUAGCCGCCUGGUGGGUAUCUAUCCCGAGAACAUACGUCGCUUAGAUUCUUAUGGGGCCCCAUCGAGAUGUCUGUUCGUUGUUUAUGGGUGUCUUCAAACUAUUGCCGCUGAGCAUAAUUUUUGAGGUCAUGCUUCUCAUUUUCGACAUUGGCCAUGUCAAAGUCCAUGUGUGUUAACUGUUGUUUGAUUGACAAGGACCAGGGCUCUCGGCUGGAGGGAUAACAUUGUAAUUUUCGACUUCCGCUUCCUACCAUUUCACCGAACGCGUCACGCGAUAGGAUGAGCAUGUUUUAUCGCUUGGCAGGCCGGAGGUCCCCCGGCUAUCUGACGGAUCAUCCUCACGACAAUCCUUGCGAAGAUGACUACGAUGGGAAAAGUGUAGAAACUAGUAAAAUUACGUUCGGCUGCAACCAACAAUGUCCCACUGUCGGUCUCUCACCAACGUAUCAUCGUCUGGGUUCUAAAUUCGAUUCAAACGAGCAUCCCCACCUAACCAACUCAUCAUCCUCUUUCGAAUUCGUACCACAUCUUCACAAUCUUCCUAUUGGAGUAGGCCCCCAAUUCAAGAAAAAUUUAGCUCAAAUGUUUCGUUCGAAAAGCUCGCGUGGGCAAAAUCACUCCGGACUCACCUCAAAAUCGCAACCGAAGGCGAAGCCUCAAUCUCAAACUGCUCGCCCCCAAACCACCUCCUCUUCAGCGUUUGACGAAAUGCUCAGGAGCAAUCAAACAAUUUACAUUGGUGGCGUAAACGAAAUCACACCCCCCGUCUCGUACCACUCGCGUGAAGUCCUUUACUCGAAUAUUCCAUUAACAUCCGCACAAGGAAGCCGACCAUCUCGUUAAGCCCUGUUGGACAAUCCGGGAUCUUAUUAUCCUCUCAGCGCACUCUGACGCACCUCAAAAACAACAAACGGUCAAAAUUUUCAAAGGAAACGCGCCUUCAUUAACCACUUUUUUCUCUUUCCGCAAUCCUCUGGUCUCACUGCGGGCUGCAGGACCCCCAUUUAGAUUGUCCAACUUACAUUUCAAUGCAGAUUGCCUUCGGAAGUCGCUUGUUGUUGUAAACAUGUGCCAUGAAAUGUGUUGCACUACACAAGAUUCUUUCUAUAACUGUAUUUAUUACCAUAACUCCACCUGGUCGACAAGCCA